AAGGUUUCGGCUUUGAAGCUUCUCCGGACGAAGUUUGCUCGGGUUUUCGGUGUCCAGAAACGCUGUCGCACGGAGAGAGGGGACAAUCAAGCCUCCUGUCAUUAUGACCAUCAGUGAGAGUGCAGCCAAAGCGCUCACCAUGGAAACGUUGUUUUCCUUGGAGCUGUUGGUGGAUUAUGUGCGACUUGAGCCUGGGCCUUGGACUCCCGGACCUGGACCUUUGUUUGCGGUGGCUUUCAGGCUUUUGGACUUUCCAACCUUACUUGUCCAUCAAAUUGAACCGGAGCGAGCGGAAUGUAUACGGCGGAGCUGGGUGUCCGACAAGGAGAAAGCGAUCCCUGAACGAGCACUCAAUGGCUUUGACGUCCCGUUCAGCAAAGGGAAAUCGUGCCUAUUCAAGAUCAGCCUAGCGUCCCUGCACAGCCAUUUGAGCAACACACCUUUGUACACCAUGCUGCUGGACGUCUUCCCUCGGGUACCCAAGUUCCUUGGCAGUUGCCUAAUUUCUCUAGCAGAUGCGGUGGAUAAAAUCAGAAGAGAAGUUGUGGAGGACGGGAUGCCGUCCAUGCAUGGUAGUAAGGGUCUCCACGCUUUGUACAAUCUCAUGGGCAGAAAGGUCGGCUACAUUUCGGUGGGAUACAGACUCUUGAGUUUGGGGGCGGCUUUACUGCCGCAUGAUCAGGAGAACGUAACUGGCGGAAUGUUAGAUGUCAAAGAACUUCCACUCAAAACCGUGGAAGCGCCAGUUUUGUCCGAUGUUAAUAAAAAGAGCGAGGAGUUUAUGUCUCAAGAUAGCGGUAAAACAUUAUUUAUUUCUGCAAAACAUCCCGACCGGCUGGUGGAUAAUCGGAUUCUCGACCAAAAAGUGCAAAUACUCGAUAGUAAGGUACCUGUUGUCAUCUCGAUGCCAAAGGAGGAAAAGCGUAAAUCACGCAAACCGACUGAGGAGAAACCCAUGGAACAGCAACUGGGACUGCGAAGAUUAGAAACUGAACGAAGUGUGGAUUUAGAUGUAGACAAUGUUUUUUGUCCACCCCCUAUGUAUUACACACGGUCAACAAAUGAAUCCAAAGAAAAAAUAGCUGAAGUACGCAGAGUAGUCGAACCCGAUACAAUGUCAACUCCAUUGGAGGAACAAGAUACGGAUGAUGCUGGUGGAUCGUUCGAUAUUAAACAGAAUGUAAAUUAUUCUCAUCUGCCUGUAAAUCAGUCGGAAACUACAUCCAGAUUAAAGCCACAGGUAUACGAUACAAGCCCACAGUUUGAUUCAUGUAAUAACAUCAGUCAGUUACCUUUACUAAAUGCGCUUCUAAUAGAACUUUCUUUGCUACAUAAUCAGGUUCCCCAGGGGAUUCCUCUUCCCGUUCACCCUAAACUUACAUGGCUUUACAGUGGAUUAGAGAAUGAUUCACCCAAAGUUCAUAAAGCAACUAGUACAACAGAACCGGAGCAUCCAAAGUCUACCAGUUCAAAUUUAAAGAUUCAAAAAGAAAAGUUUCAAAAACACAUGAUAUCCCUAAAGCACUUUGAUAAAGAAAAUACAACAAAGCAAACUAAUACAAAGAACAACUCUAAGCAUCCAAAAAGAAAACUGGCGUAUGGAUUAACACACACAUUGCGAUUAAGACUCCAGAAGACAAACCCGGAAAUGCUGAUAUUGCAUGAGCAAAGGGAGCUGUCAAGAAAAAAACAACUGAAAGAGAGAAAGACUGCAGCAACAUAUUGUAAAAGCAAAGAGGAAAGUGGUCCAUCAACAUUUCUUCAAGAAAAUCAGUACCUUCCUGGAACUUUUUCUUUCCAAAGUGGCUGUUUUGAAGAAAAUGUUGAAACAUUAAUUGAAAAUAGUAUUGAACUAGACUGUCUCCAUUCUCCAAAAGUUCUAGGAAGUAGAAAAAAUAAAAACACAGAUAAUUUUGGAGAAACAUCCAAACAGGAAAAUGUCACUAAUAAAGAACAGAUGUGUGUUCAAACUCUGGGACCAACUUCAAAAGUGUCAAAUUUUCAGAUGUUGCAAAAUGCAACAAAUGACAGGAUACCUGUUAGAGAAGAUAUAAAGAUCAAUGUACCCAAAACUUUCAAUCUGGAUUCUGACUACCGUGUCAGUGACUUAGUUAACAGGGCAGAGAAUGUGCUGCAGACUUCAGAAAUUAAUCCUGUCUCCAUAAUUUAUUCAACAAAAGCAGAAGACAGCGAUGCACAGAUUUCCUCAAAUAGCUAUAAUGACUGCGCUGACCCGAAGUAUUCUGAGGACUUCACAAGUCCUGAAGCAACAGGAUUCUCAGAAGAUUUUACCAGUCCUGAGCCUACAAGCAAAUGUACAGAUAAUUUGGAUAGUAGUAUAGAGGCAGCCUUCACUAUGGUGAAACAUACGAAUUCUAACAAUGAGUUAGAAUCUAACCUUUCGAAACAUUUCAAUAAUGGAGCAGCUCAAAGUGAGAGGGAAGAUGAUUCAGUUUUACUACCUAUACCAUCCCAGCAAUCUCCAAUUCGAUCUUUAAAAGGAAUAUCCAAUGCGAAAAGUCAUCAGAAAGUGGCUGCCUCAAAUCUAUCUAAUGAUGCUACCAGCUCAGAGGUAAAUCAAUUUAGAAGCACAUUGAACCUAACAAGCAAAGAAGAAAAUAAGAAACAAUUUGAGUCAACUCUAUUUCACGGAGACAUCAAUCCAGUUAGCAUAGAGCUCCCCAGGCUUUCAAGUUCAAUGACUGAAUGCAAGGCUUUAGAGGACAGCCAAUCUUUGGGGCCAUCCCAAAUGAGUUCCUACAUACCAUCCAGUGUGUCUGACCUUGUUAGUGGUGAACUUGAAAUUAACACAACGGAUGUUCAAGAAGAUGGCAGUGAAUUGGAUGCGACAGGAAUGGCCAAUGAGUGCAGGCACAUUUCUGAACUAAUAACCAACAAACUUCCUGGAUAUACUUUAUGAUGUCAUCACUGAAGUUACUUUGUAAUUGUACUUGGCAUCCUUAGACUGCAUAUUAGUUACUUACAUUUCUUUUGACCCAUAAGUAAACUUUAUCUGCCCACUAUGCUACUUAUGAUCAGUGUGACUACCUAUAUGCGUAAAAGAGACGUGCAGUUUUAGGCCUCUUCCUGAAAGUGUUCUUCUUCUUGUCCUUUGGAACAGUAAAGAACACCUCCUUCAAUCUCCUUCCUUCAUUCUCCAAUUCACUUACAUUCCACCUUCAUUUUCUACCAUUUAACUGUAGUUUGAGCUCUACAAGUCUGUACCAGUGGCUUUUCUUUACAGCACGAGAGAGGUAUCU